AUGCGUGAAGAAUUAUUGCAGAAAUUACAUUCUCUUCAGGAACGCAAACGUCUUAUGUGUUCUCGUUCGACGAAGAUCCGAGAAGUUGAAUUAAAAAGGAAAAUAAUUAACGAUGUUCUAGAAACUGUGCCAAAAUCAUCAGCGACUGCUACAUGCCUCCGGGCAAUUGAAUUCGAGGUAAAUAAGCAGGAUAUAACUCUGCGGCCUUGGAAACAAAGAAAAUUGAAGUCAAUGGAUUCGACAAAUAAGACGUCUCCCCUCGCUCCAGUUGUUAUAGACGCAUCUACUUCUAAAGACUUAAGUCGUAUUCAUGCUGAAAGUUUACAUAAAGGCACUUUAGAAUGGCGUUUGAACCACGCAAUCGAUUCUGGCCAGGCUGACCUAGCAGAAAAGAUAAGUGACUCCAUUGGAGAUCAUUUGUUAUCUACAGCUUCUUCCGACAAAAAUAUUCAUUUGACUUUGAGCAAGCAAGAUGAAUACAAAGAGGAAUUAAAAAAUCGGCGACCUGUAUGGCUUUUUCAGACUAAAGAACGGUGGGAAGCGAAAUCGAAUAUGUAG